AGACGCAAUAGGUGCGUUGUCUUUAGUCUUCCCUGUUCCCUUCGAGGGCCGGAAGGGGUUAAAUCUCAGGCUCCGGCGUCUGGGGAGAAGGUGAGGCGGGUAGGUAAGAGGUGAAGGAGUGCAGACUGGGUGCAAAAGAGGUGUGGCGGGAGAGAGUUCGUUUCUCUCCUGCUGGAGCGGCUUUGUUAGCAAAGGAGGGGUGAGUGGGAAGUUUGUUGCACCUGACCGAAGGGGGAAGGGCUUGCUUGGCGAAAACUGAGGCUUGAGGUUAGAUCUCGGGAUGAACUUUUCAAGAGUCCACAGUAGAUUCCAGAGCUGAAUGUUUCAGAAGCCCAGUGAAGUGUGAUCACCUCUUUCUCCGUAAAUCCACACCCCCAGCCCCACGCCGCGUUACGAAUGACACCCUUCGUUAUAAUUAUUCAAUAUGUUCCCACUGACUGAGGAAAACAAGCAUGUGGCCCGGUUGUUGCUCAAUACUGGUACUUGUCCAAGAUGUAUCUUCAGAUUCUGUGGUGUGGAUUUUCAUGCACCUUACAAACUUCCAUACAAGAUGAAGAAACUGAGAUACAGAGAGGUUAAGCAACCUGCCCAAAGUUACACAGCUAUUAAGUGAGCAAGCUAGGAUUUGAACAGUCUGACUGAAUUCAAAACCUAGGAUUUGGAACUAGAAGACAUGGAUUUGAAUCCCAGUUCCACCACUUUCCAGCUUCAGUUUACUCCUCUGUAAAUGGGAAUGAUGAUAAUACCCACCUCACAGGACUUUAAGGGACAAUACCUAAUAAAGAGUUGCUCAAUGAACUACAGAAAUUUCUGGAAACUGAAAAAGAUGAAUUAAUUUUGGAAGUUAUGAACCCACCUCCCAAGAAAAUUCGACUGCAAGAACUGGAAGAUAGUAUUGAUAAUCUAAGUCAAAAUGGAGAGGGAAGGAUCUCUGUUAGUCAAGUUGGAAGCACUGCUUCCAAGAACUCAAAUUUAAAUGUAUGUAAUGUAUGCCUAGGAAUUCUUCAAGAAUUCUGUGAGAAAGAUUUCAUUAAAAAGGUGUGCCAAAAGGUUGAGGCCUCUGGGUUUGAAUUCACCAGCCUGGUAUUUUCAGUCUCCUUCCCACCACAACUGUCUGUAAGAGAGCAUGCUGCAUGGUUGCUGGUAAAACAGGAAAUGGGAAAGCAGAGUCUGUCGCUGGGAAGAGAUGAUAUAGUUCAGCUAAAAGAAGCCUACAAAUGGAUAACUCACCCCCUGUUUUCAGAGGAACUGGGUGUUCCCAUUGAUGGAAAGAGCUUGUUUGAAGUGAGUGUGGUCUUUGCUCACCCAGAAACAGUUGAGGAUUGCCACUUCCUAGCUGCGAUAUGCCCAGAUUGUUUUAAGCCAGCCAAAAACAAACAGUCUGUAUUCACUAGAAUGGCAGUUAUGAAAGCCUUGAAUAAGAUAAAGGAAGAGGAUUUCCUUAAGCAGUUUCCUUGUCCUCCAAACUCACCAAAGGCUGUAUGCGCUGUUCUUGAAAUUGAAUGUGCUCAUGGUGCUGUUUUUGUGGCUGGGAGAUAUAAUAAAUACUCCAGGAAUCUACCACAAACUCCUUGGAUAAUUGAUGGAGAAAGGAAGCUGGAAUCUUCAGUGGAAGAAUUAAUUUCAGAUCAUCUGUUGGCAGUAUUUAAAGCAGAGAGUUUUAAUUUUUCAUCCUCUGGAAGAGAAGAUGUAGAUGUGAGAACAUUAGGAAAUGGAAGGCCCUUUGCAAUUGAGCUGGUGAAUCCUCAUAGAGUACAUUUCACUUCACAAGAAAUUAAGGAACUUCAGCAGAAAAUUAAUAACUCAUCUAACAAAAUCCAAGUACGUGACUUGCAGCUUGUCACAAGAGAGGCAAUAGGACAUAUGAAAGAAGGUGAAGAAGAAAAGACAAAGACCUACAGUGCCUUAAUUUGGACAAAUAAAGCGAUACAGAAGAAAGACAUUGAAUUCCUAAAUGACAUAAAGGACUUAAAGAUCGACCAGAAAACACCUUUGCGCGUCCUUCACCGAAGGCCCCUGGCUGUGCGAGCUCGCGUCAUUCACUCCAUGGAGACACAGUAUGUGGAUGAGCACCACUUCCGCCUCCACUUGAAAACUCAGGCUGGCACCUACAUUAAAGAGUUUGUACAUGGAGACUUCGGGAGAACCAAGCCAAACAUUGGGUCCCUGAUGAAUGUGACUGCAGACAUUCUUGAGCUGGAUGUUGAGUCUGUAGAUGUUGACUGGCCACCUGCUCUGGAUGACUAGCUUUCAAAUUUGGAGACAAAGAGUAUGGUUUUCCUGGCAUGAAUGUGGACAUCCAUGGAGCACAUGCCGUAAAAUGGCUGUUUACCCACCAUAACGGUGUCUUGAAAACUAUUUGGAUCAUGUUGAUCUUUAUAAUUGUUAAUUAGUUGUAACAUCUCAGGAUCUAUAUAUGUGUAUAUUUUGUGUUAAAUUGUUCCAAGGAUGUCUUAGGAUUUUUCUCAUUCCCUCUUUCACCCCCACAAACCAAACUAUGAAUAAUGAAAUAAUUCUCCUUAAUUCUUUCAUUUAGAGAGGUGCACAAACAGGACACAUUCUCUGUUAACCUAAGAAGCUGUAAUUUCAGCAAGAUUUCCCUCCACAAGAGAUAUACCACCUUUAAAAUCAUGUUCUAAUUUUUUUAAAUUAUCUGAAUAAAAGUUAUAUCUAGAUUUAUGCAGCAUAAUAUCCUAUAAUAGUCUAAGAUUGCAAAUGCAAAUCUGACAUCAUUAUUUUUCCCAGGAAGCCUCAAACAAGCUAUUACCAAUGAAGUUCUUUUGGCUGUGAUUUGUCAUAAAUCUUAACCAAACUAUGAAUAAUGAAAUAAUUCUCAUUAAUACUUUCAUUAAGAAAGAAUUUUGACAAUCUAAAAUUGUCAAUAUAGGUUUCCUGUGGAGGGGAAGUAAAACCGUAGGAGCCAAGGCAUGCCAUGGUAGGAGCCUUUCAUAAAUCUUUUAAAUAAGGAGAAACAAGUGCCUUUAAUAACUUUAAUCCCAGGGUUAAGAAUUUGAAAAAUUGAGCUUGGUAAACAAAGACAAACUGAUAUUAUUUCAGAAUGCUUCAAUAUAUUAUCCAAUUAUAAACAUUUUAAUAAUACCUUAUUAAAGUAGAUAGGAUAUUGUCUCCAUUUUAUAAAUAUGGAAACCAAAGACUAGAAGUUAAAUGACUUAUCGAAAAUUGUUAGCUACUUCUAUAUUGAGGACUAGAACUGAAGUUUCUUGGUUUCUAGGGUCUUUCUAAUAAGCCCUAUUACUGAGCACCUGUUUGUGUGAAGGGGCAGCUAUGGAUGCCAUUUAAACUCAUGUAACUGAUAAUUAACUUUUGGAAUGUAGUUACCAAAUCAAAGAGCUUACCAAAAAAUAGCCCAAGACUAUUUAAUACAAUCUUAUAUAGUUACCAUUUGUUAUUAAGUUAAACCUCAGUUGGUAUUAUGAAGAGGAAAAACAUUAAGCUAAACCUAAAAAAAAUGAAUGGGUCAUUUAAGUUUCAGAAAGGAGCCUCAUUACAAUUUCAGAUUUGAGUAUAAUUUCCAUCACCCUAAUUCAACUAUUUGAGCUUUUUUUUAAGAAUACAUGUGACUUGACUAGUAUUAGAUUACUCACCGUUUCCCAUCUCUAUAUUAAACAUAAAUCACAGAUACCAAGAUUCACUUUAGAUAUGAGGAAAAUGGUUUUAAUGGACACAAAGGAGUCAGCCACGUUGGAACCAACAUAGUUUCAUACCACAUUGAAACCAUGUGUUUGAUAUGCAAAUAACAGCAAAUAAUUUUUUCACUAUUGUCAAUGCCAAUGCAUUGAAAGGCCCAGAAAAUGAGAAAAGGAUAACAAACUUUUGAUAAAAAGGUAAGAAUUUCUGUGUGGAUGUUCCUCAGUUUCUGGGAAAAUUUUGCUACAAAAGAGAUUUAAAUAAUUUAGGAGGCAGUCUUUUGCAUGGUAUUUUUGGCUUACCUUUGAAUCUAGUGGACCUGUAAUAUGUAAGAAUGAAGAAUGUGCUUAGCAAACUGAAAUGAGAAGACUUCUAUUUCUUAAAUUUCUAUUCCUGAGAUUAUAUAAAAUUUCACGCAAAGAGUAAGCACUAGCUUUAAAUACUUCUUCCAAAUGUUCCUAGAAUUUUGAGACAAAGAUUGUUAAAAAUUAGUGUAUGUCUUUGUUUUAGGCAGAACUGGAAAUAUUAAGUAGUGAGAGUACUAUAGUUUCCCUUUUGCCUACAUAAAAGCAUUUUAAAAUUAGUUUUAUGAUUUCUUUGUAAGCUUUAUUUAAAUUCAAAGUCUUUUUCAUAACACUUAAGAGAAAGAGCCCUUUGUACUUCUUAGUAUCUCUUUGUCCCAAAUAUAGUCUGUGGUUUAUUUUAGGAAAAACAUCAACUCUGAAUACCUGAAAAAGUCAAGAGAAAAUAAAAGUUGGUAAAAUGAAAAA